AUGCCGCCCAAGCUUCCGGAUGGCACGCAGAUCAGCUUCUGUGCUGAGAAUCCCAAGCGUGCAGGGACCAAGGCAAUUGAAUUUGGAGCUUCGCGAAGUGACAUCACUGCAGACAUAAAGAAUGGCUAUUGCACAAAACUGGAACAAAGCAACGGCGAGAAGAGACCUGCAGAUGAAGUGUUGCUUGCACCUCCUGCAAAGCACCAAAGGGUACAACAUGAGGCCAGUGAGGCGGCGACCGUCGGUGAAAAGUCUGCCAGUACUGAGAGCCCUUGCGAAGUGAAGAGCGAAACAAAGAGCGAAGGAAAGAGCGAAGUGAAGAGCGACACUCAAAGUGUCACUCAGAGCGAGAACGUCGAUUUGUCCUUCGUCAAACUCGAUGGCAAACCGAUGAAGUUUGUCAAGAGGACGAUGGGGGAAGCAAGACGACUUCUUAGUCCCGAAGGCCUUGCUGAGGCCCAAAGAUCUGGCUACAACUUUAGCUUGAAGGACAAGGACAAUUUGUCCAAAUGGUUUGUGCAGCUGAAAGACUUGAAUCCUGAUGGGAAGCUGGCGGCUGAUUUGAAGAAACAUGGCUUGGAUGCGUGCAUUGAUUUGGAAAUAAUUUUGCCUGAUGGCUUUCCAAUGGAACCGCCAUUUGCUCGAGUUUUGUACCCUCAACUCCGCGGUGGUUACGUAUUUGAACGUGGUGGAAUAUGUUUCGAACCACUCACGCAGAAGGGCUGGGUCCCUUCUAUGACGCUUCCCGCGCUGGCGAUUGCCAUCAAAGGCAUUUUUGACUAUGGGGAGGUUCGAGUUGGUGGAGUUGGGGACAAAGCAACUCGGACAGUCAUGCACUAUACAGAAGAAGGUGCUCGGAAGGACACUUACAAUCUGUUAUAUAUCUUGGUGAACAUGUUCUCAAGCUGUUUGCUUUUGAAUAGCGUUUCUGUUCCGGUCUUGCGAAAGGAAUCCAAUGUCGAUGUCAUGAUUCUUAUGCCCCUUGCAUUUGAUUGCGUUGAGAUGUGA